AUGGAGACCACCGUGCGGCGGCUGAGCCACGGCGCCGGCGGCACCAACAGGAGGACCAGCCGCCUCUCAGGGGGCACGCCUGAGGCGAGCACGACGGCACCGCUGGUUGACGACGACCGCGACGCCGUGGUGGAGCGCAUCUUGAAGGGCGUCGACCCGGGCGUCAUGUCGACACCUGUGUACUUCGACUACAAGAAGGAUGCGCGUGUGUACCGCUUUUUUCCCAGCGUGGGACAGACCGCGCGGCACUUCUCGGUGGAUGGCAGCACGCUACGCAGGGACGACGCGGAGGCGGUGCAGCAGGCGGAGGACCGCCAGCGCCGUGAGCGUGACACGGAGCUCGCCGCCCGCGCCGAGUUGAACCCUGACUUGCUGGACGAGGGCGUGUCGACGAGCAUUCUGAAGAAUCAGUUCAACUACAGGGAACGCUCCAGUCAAACAAUGAACAACCCGAUGAGGGAGCAUUGUGUCGUCACAGAUCCACCGCCGUCGAUGAACUUCAGCGGCAUGGCGACCGCAUGGGAGAUCUACGACGCGUACGAGGAGGACCGCAUCCAGAGCGAGAAGGCUGCGGCGGUGCACAAGAAGGCGCCCGCACACCGCGGCGGCAAGGAGGACGAGAAGGGCGAUGCCACCGUGGAGGGAUCAAGCGGCGUCAAGACGGCGGAGGAAGUGUUGAAUUCGUCAAAAUACCGUCACGCGUUGAAGAUAAUCGAGCGGAUGGUUAACCAGAACGACUGCUAUGACAUCAUCGAGGAUUUCAAGUACUGGGAGGACGAGAGUGACAUGUACAAGGAGGAUGGCAAUCUGUUGCCACUGUGGCAAUUCUUCACGACAAAGGUAAAACAUAGUGCCGUCACCAGCAUCGCCAUGAAUGAGCGGUAUAAGGAUCUGUUUGCGGUAGGCUAUGGAAGCUACGAUUUCCAGCGUCAGGGUAAGGGCGCAAUUCAUUGCUUUACUCUCAAAAACUCCGUGCCAACGCAAGCAGGUGCCCCGAUUCCCGCACAUCCAGAGAUAUCUUUCAACGUUGACAGCGGUGUGAUGUGUCUCGCUUUCCAUCCUGAGGAUGCUGCUCUUCUUGCGUGUGGUUUGCAUGACGGUUCAGUCUGUGUCUUCGAUCUACGUAUGCAGAGCAAGGACGGUAAGGAGAGUGUGAAACCCAUUUAUCACGCAAACGUGCGCUCUGGCAAGCAUACAGACCCUGUUUGGGAGAUUCACUGGUGUCGCCGCACCAUAGAUCUCCAAUUCUACUCCAUCAGCACAGAUGGGCGCAUUACCAGCUGGUCUCUCCACAAGAAGGAGUUGGUGUUUAAGGACGUCAUGACAACCACCACGGGCGCAUGCGCAUCAGAUCCCGAGGCGAUGCUGCGUAGCCGUCUGAGUGGUACCUGCUUUGACUUUUCCGACAAAUAUGAUAGCCUUUUCAUUGUGGGCACACAGGAGGGUUCGCUGAUGCUGUGUAGCAAAGGGUACAACGGGCAAUGCUUGGAGCGCUACGAGGGGCACACAAUGCCGGUGUACACAUGCCGCUGGAACCCCUUCCACCCGGACAUUUUCAUCACCUGCUCCGCCGACUGGACAAUAAAGUUAUGGCUUAAGAACUCGACGAAACCGCUUCUGACAUUUGAUGCCGGCGACUGCGUGGGCGACGUUGCAUGGUCCCCAUACAGCUCCACCGUAUUUGCUGCCGUUACCUCGAACGGCAAGGUGCUGGUGUUUGACCUCAACAAGAACAAGCGAGAGCCUUUGUGCUCCCAGACUGUGGUGAAAAACGCGAAGCUCACUCAUGUGGUCUUCCACAGUCAAGAACCUGUUGUGCUGGUGGGUGACUCCCGCGGGUCGGUGCUCAUCCUGAAGUUAUCGCCCAACCUGCGCACGUUGUGCAAGCCGAAGAAGGGCGAGCCGGACGAUCCGAAGAGCCUCCGUCAACUCGAUGUGGAGAAGCUGGACCGACUUAUAGACAUAACCCUCAAGGAUAGAGUGCUCUUGGGGCAGUCGUAG